UGAUGGUGUUGGGGCAUGGAUGUGCGCGAUGGGCGCUACAAUGGGUGGCGCUGGUGGCUUGCACGCUGGCGGGGGCCAUGGCACCCGAGCGGGUGGAGCCCUGCGCCGGCAGCCCGCUCUGCUCCUGCCGAGUAGCACACAUGUCCUGCACCGCCGUGCCAUUACACAGGUUCCCAGUUCCAUGGCGGGUACACUAGCAUCUUUAGACCUCGGUUACAACGAAUUCACUGAAAUACCGCAGCAGGGCUUAAAAGAUUUAAAAGUUUUAAACUGGUUGAAUCUGCAGAACAACAAUAUAGUGUACAUAGGACCUGAAAUUAAGUGGCACCAUUUGGAAGAAACAUUGACUAGCCUGUCAUUGAGUAACAACCAAGUAACGCAGCUCAAGUCGCAAGCCCUGACCUCGCUGUACCACCUGCUGCAGCUCGACUUGGAAGGAAACCACCUACGCACCAUCAGCGCCGACUCCUUGCCUGCUUCCCUGACGCUCCUCAAGCUAUCCAACAACUUUAUCCAUGAACUUUCCUGUGAUUUACUUUAUAGUCUGCCUAGGUAUUUGAAAUUGGACCACAAUAAUUUAAGGUUGCUGCCGAGAGACGUGUUUAAGAACACCAUCAUCGAGCAUCUAGACCUGAGCUUCAAUGACAUGUCACUGUUCCCGGGCACGGCGCUCUCGCAGAUCGGCUUCACGUUGCGCUACCUCGACAUGUCGCACAAUCGCAUCGAGUACUUAGACAGUAAUAUAUUCCGCAGCACACAGUUCCUCUUGAGUCUCAAUUUGGGUCACAAUCUAUUAACCGUACUAUCUGAUAACACAUUUUCGAGCCUCGGUGGACUUCGUACUCUGGACCUGAGCUUUAAUUCUAUAAAGGCCAACUUCAAGGAGCUGUUUCAUAACCUUCCCAACUUGAGGCAUUUGAAUCUUGGAAAUUCAAGAGAUAUUUAUCCGGAUCACAAUGACUUCCUUAACGAAAUUGCCGACAGCAUUUAUGAGACAUUUGGGGCAAGUUCCGCAGCUCGGAAUCGACUUGAGCUACAAUCAACUUACGACCCUAAAUCCAGCGAUUUUCUAUCCGAAUUUCACGAGCUGGAGCCACGUAGCGACCAAGUUACUGUCAGGCGAGUUAAAUCGUCAGGAGGGCUGAUACUGACGGGGAACCCGCUGCGGUGCGAGUGCGAGCUGGCGUGGGUGGGCGCGUGGCUGCGGCGCUGGCUGCAGGAGAACGACGCGGGCGCGGAGCUGCGGCGCGCCGUGCGCAGCGGCACCUGCAAGGACGCGCUCGGCCGCCGCGUGCCGCUGCUGCAGCUGCGCGCCGACGAGGCCGAGUGCCACGCCAGCGCCCUCUCCAGCGACGCCCAGCCGCACUACACUGACAUCGUCUAUACCCUCGCCCUCGCUCUCUGGACCAUCCUACUCAGAUGA